AUGCUGAUUCCAGCCCGCGUCAAGCACCACAUUGCCCCUCUCAUGCGAUACACGACGGCAGAAACUGAACGCUUGAUAUCUGACCAAGAAUUGAGCAAGUCGAAAGUUACUGCGCAUGGAAAUUCAGCCACAGGAAUGUCCCGGACGUCAGCCUCUCAGGACACACCCCCGGAAUUUAAAGGCGAGACAAGCGGAAGUGGACAUCAUUCGAGAAAAAGGAUUAUUCACUUUAGCUCUCUCAGCGUUGAUUAUCGUCGCUUUAGUGAUAAGGACCCCAUCGCAGGCUCGGCGCAAAUAUCGGAGACGGAUAUGGGCGAAGAGAAUGACUUCUGGAAUAUAGAUGUCGACCUAAUUUGGAAGCCUCGAGGUCAAACGGGGAGCAAAACUGACUCACGAGCUGAAAUUACCCAUCGUUCACCAGUGGAGGUAUCUGUGGACGAUUUAUUAACUGUACGGAUAUGCGUUAGUUCAAACCCAGCGUGCGUAACCAUCCACAUGCGAGGAGGGAAACCGUUCGGGGAGUUUCUUUUCCCAAAUGGUCCGGACGCCGCAAUGUCCUUCAUCACUGCUCUUCAAGUACACGUGAACACUUCGCUCCUCCAGGACGAAAAUAAACCCGGUAGACUUUAUGUUGUGGAGAAGAGGCACCGAAUGAGAAGGGUAGCACCAUCUCUAACAUCCCUUCCCGCAGAACAAAACAGGUUGGAUGAAGAUUUUUCAAAUUUGCUGGAUAAUCUAUCUUUGCAUGAUCCCGGUCAUUCUCCGCGCCGCAAUGCCCGGGCGGCAAGAGCCACUCGACGUGGUAGAACGUCGGCUCCGGAUAGCAAGGAUUUCGGAAUGAUGCUUCUAUCGCAAUUUGCGAAAGUAACACAAGCCGCACGGGAGGUCGGAGAAGACAUAUCGAUGCUUCUUGACGAGAGAAAAAGACAAGCAGAAGCCGAUCGUAAAGAAAGGGAACGAGCAGCUCGACGUCGUGCUUUGGAUAUUUAUACUGAUAUAGUCGCCAGCACUGACGUGGAAGGGGAGCUUCCUCCUCGCUUAUGUCUGGACGAAAAGCGAGGUUUACCAGUGAGCAAACAAGUAUGGGAACAGUCUUUUGAUGACUCUGGGGCCUUGUCAGAUGCAGUAGUGAUGAAGCAAGCGGUUUUUGCUGGUGGCGUAGAAAGGAAUGCUCGCAAACUGAUUUGGCCUUUCCUUCUUGGGUGUUACCCGUGGAUAUCUACGCGUGCCGAGCGCAAUCAAAUUAAGGUUCAGCACGAAGAACAGUAUGAAGCGCUAAAGGAGAAAUGGAAUUCCUUGCACACCGCUGCAAAAGAUGAGGACGUUGCCUCACAGGCGACGAUACCCAAUGCUGAAACAAUGGACCGCAGGAAAAGGGUGAGAAAAUGCUCCAGCGACAGAUGGUCUGGGAAUCAUCCUAAACGUUUAUGCAACUUACGAUAGCAGGAUUACAUACUGCCAGGGCAUGUCUGAUUUUUUGUCACCAAUUGUACAUGUGCUGGGGGUCGAAGAAGAAGCCCUCGCGUUUUGGUGUUUUGAGGCUUUGAUGCGUCGUAUUG